AAAUAAUGAUAUUUAGUCGCAUCUGUUGAGAGUGAGUACAUAUUUGUAAGACUGCCACUGUUUGAGCUCUCUUCUUCUUCUUCGUAUUUUCUUUACUAAAUCAGGCUCGCAUUUGAUUUCUCUACACUCCGACGUACCACGAAUCCACUCCCCGAUCCCUACCCCAUAAUUUCCCAUGUGGUAUCCACCGCCAUGACCCGCCGUUUCACCUGUCGAAUCUCCAUCUUCGUCCUCUCUUUCCUUAUCCUUCUCCUUUCCUUUUUCGUCAACCAGAUUCUUUACCCCUAUACGCGGAACUCUACUUCACCUGUCUCUUCGCCGGAAAAAACUGCCCCCAAGAAUCACAUAAUCCGAUUUUUCCAGUACAAGAAGGCCCAGGACUUCAGGGAGUAUCUCGAGCGCAAUGUGAAAUCAAAUGGCUGGAAAUGGGUCGAGAGGCAGAACCCCGCAAUGAAGUUCCCCACGGAUUUCGCCCUUGUGUCGAUCGAAGAACGCCUGAAGGAGUUUCUUGUAGGGGAGUUUGAGAAAUUGGAGCUGGUGAAGGAUGUUUCCUUGGAUGUCAGCUACCAGAGGGGGGUUCUUGAGGAGAAAGCUAUUGGGGCCUUCGUGGAUGGGAAGAAGAGGCCCGGCAAGUUUUUCACCGCCAUGUCGUUUGGUGAAGGGGAGAACUCCACCGCCGCCGUGGCGAAUACUGAUGGUGUGAGAAUUAGCUGGAGGAGGAAUCUGAUGAUGCAGAAAUCUCAAGUUACCUCCUUGUUUGGAGCAGAUGCUCUCUGGUCAAAAGGCUAUACUGGUGCAAAAGUAAAAAUGGCUAUCUUUGAUACUGGGAUUCGUGCAAAUCACCCACAUUUUCGUAAUAUCAAGGAACGCACGAACUGGACCAAUGAAGAUACGCUAAAUGACAAUCUUGGACAUGGAACAUUUGUUGCUGGUGUUAUUGCUGGUCAAGAUGCAGAGUGUCUUGGCUUUGCUCCGGAUACUGAGAUCUAUGCUUUCCGGGUGUUUACUGAUGCUCAGGUUUCAUACACAUCAUGGUUUCUUGAUGCAUUCAAUUAUGCUAUUGCAACCAAGAUGGAUGUGCUGAAUUUGAGCAUUGGUGGACCUGAUUAUCUGGAUCUUCCAUUUGUGGAGAAGGUUUGGGAAAUAACAGCUAAUAAUAUUAUCAUGGUAUCAGCAAUCGGAAAUGAUGGACCACUUUAUGGAACUUUGAACAACCCUGCAGAUCAAAGUGAUGUUAUUGGUGUUGGCGGCAUCGAUUAUAGCGAUCACAUAGCUUCAUUUUCAUCACGUGGCAUGAGUACCUGGGAGAUUCCUCACGGGUAUGGUCGCGUGAAGCCUGAUGUUGUUGCAUAUGGACGGGAGAUUAUGGGUUCCAAGAUUAGUACAGGUUGCAAAAGCUUAUCGGGCACCAGCGUGGCAAGUCCUGUGGUUGCUGGAAUAGUUUGCCUUCUUGUUAGUGUCAUUCCUGAUAACAACAGAAAAGAAAUUCUAAAUCCAGGCAGUAUGAAACAAGCACUGGUUGAAGGUGCUUCAAAGCUCUCUGGUCCAAACAUGUAUGAGCAGGGAGCAGGCAGGGUUGAUCUACUGGAAUCUUACCACAUUUUGAAGAGCUAUAAACCUCGAGCAAGCAUAUUUCCGAGUGUCCUUGACUAUAUGGAUUGCCCCUAUUCUUGGCCUUUUUGCCGUCAACCACUGUAUGCAGGGGCCAUGCCAGUGAUCUUUAAUGUCACCAUUUUGAAUGGAAUGGGUGUAAUUGGUUAUGUUGAAAGUCCUCCAGUAUGGCAUCCUUCCAGUGAGGAAGGCAAUCUUCUCAGCAUUCACUUUACCUACUCAGAUGUUAUUUGGCCAUGGACCGGAUAUCUGGCACUUCACAUGCAAAUCAAAGAAGAAGGGGUACAUUUUUCUGGUGAAAUAGAAGGCAAUGUAACUGUUAAUGUUUACAGCCCCCCAGCUCAUGGUGAGAAAAAUCCUCGAAAAAGUACCUGUGUCCUUUACCUGAAACUGAAAGUUGUUCCUACUCCCCAAAGAUCAAUGAGGAUCUUGUGGGACCAAUUUCAUAGUAUCAAAUACCCACCUGGUUAUAUCCCGAGAGAUUCCUUGGAUGUCAGGAACGACAUCCUGGACUGGCAUGGAGAUCACUUGCAUACAAAUUUCCACAUCAUGUUUAACAUGUUAAGGGACGCAGGAUAUUAUGUGGAAAGUCUUGGUUCUCCUUUUACUUGUUUUGACGCUAAUAAAUAUGGGACCCUUCUGCUGGUGGAUCUUGAGGAUGAGUACUUCGCUGAAGAAAUGACAAAACUCAAAAAUGAUGUCAUUAAUAACGGACUAGGUCUUGCAGUCUUUGCUGAUUGGUACAACGUAGACUCUAUGAUGAAAAUGAAGUUUUUUGAUGAUAAUACGAGGAGCUGGUGGACUCCUGUCACCGGUGGUUCCAAUGUACCUGCUCUGAAUGAUCUUUUGGCACCAUUUGGAAUAGCUUUUGGAGAUAAGAUUCUAAAUGGCGAUUUUGUAAUUAAUGGCGAGCAGAGUCGAUAUGCAUCCGGAACUGAUAUUGUGAAGUUCCCUGAGGGUGGAUACUUGCACAGCUUCCCUUUCCUGGAUAGCUCGGAGAGUGGUGCUACUCAAAAUGUCUUAUUGUCUGGUAUGAGCAAGGCAGAUUCACCUAUUCUUGGUCUUUUAGAGGUUGGUGGUGGACGAAUCGCAGUCUAUGGAGACUCCAACUGUUUGGACAGUAGCCACAUGGUCACAAAUUGUUAUUGGCUCCUUAAGAAAAUAUUAGAUUUUACUGCCAGGAAUAUUAGAGAUCCUGUGCUUUUCUCAGAUUCAAGUAGACAAGACAAAACAUUGCAUGUGGACGACAACCAAUUACCAUCCCGGAGGACGGAUGUAAAUUUCUCAACUUACUCAGCUGUUGUGAGUAAGGAGUUGAUCUGCGGGAGUGACUCGAGGUUCGAAGUAUGGGGGACAAAGGGCUAUGAUUUGCAUGUCAGGGGAAGAAAUCGCAGAUUGCCUGGCUAUGCUGACAUAGAUGUGGGCAGAGUUUUGAACACUACUAUGGAGAUUCCAGUUAAGAAAUCCGGAUUGAUAAAAAAGAUUGAUGACAAUUCUUCAGGGAACAAGUACCUGGGCUACUUAUAUGGAGAUGAUCUUGAUUUUCCAGAAUUAGUUGCUAGUCAUUGGCUCAUACCUGCUAUUGUUUCCCUUUCUGGCCUUCUGCUUCUAUGGAGUUUUUGGAAAAUUAGGCAGAAGCGUCGGAGGAGAAGAAAAGGGGCCUCUUCUAGAAGUUCUCCUAACCCUUAAUUUUGAGUUCAGGUUUCGAAAAGUUUUAUGUACUGCUAGUGAAAGACGCAGUUAAAAUUUUCACUUUAGUGUAAUAUCACAUGUCAAGAUUUUUUAUGCAGAAUCAUCACAAGGAUAUGUUCUGCAUUUGAAGUUCAUUUUCCAGUUUUGCAAUAGAAUUUUGAAAUCACAGGCA